AUUUGACGGCUACUAAGACGAGAGUCUAGUUGUUAUUCGUUUUAAAAAUAAGAUACUUUUUCUGCUUCUUUGUGUAUUAAAUAAUGAAAAGUGCUCAAAUGGUAUAAUCAUGUUUAACCAAACAUCAACCGAAGCGUUGCUCUCGGCAACUUACGUUGAGAAUUACUUAGAUAUCGUCGAUAAUCUACCUAAUGACUUGCAACGACAUUUAUCGCGUAUGCGAGAGUUAGAUGUUACUUAUAGAGAAUGCCUAAGAGAUGCAGAGACUCACUUAGCAGUGUGUAUUGGUCCAAAUACAGAAGAAAAGCGCCGUGGGCGUGCAGCAUUGCGUUUGCAAGCUGCUUUGGUAGCAGCUCAAGAGAUUGGAGAUGAAAAACUACAGGUUGUUCAGCUCUUACAAGACCUUAUAGACAACAAACAGAGGUCACUUGAUGCUGAUCACAAGAAGCUAGUAUCCUGCUUAGAGGUAAACACAAAUGGCACAACAAAGGAGGAGCAAACUGCAAACUCGGAGAAUCGAUCCAAUGAGAAGGACACAAGCUCACAGCAGACACAGCAACAGAGUGCACCACCACCACCACCACCAGAGAGGACUACUGAAAAGGAGAAGGAGAAACCGGAAAAAGAGAAGGCUGGAGGCGAGCGUUGGUCGAAGCGCGCGCGUCGCUCGCGCACGGCGGCUGGCGCGGCCACGGACGGCGCCGACUCGAGCGAGCGGGACAGCGAGCGGCACACGCACAGCACGCACAAGAAGGGUAUUGGGAAGAAGAAGAAACGCAAAGCACGCCAGGCCGCGCAACGGUCAGAGACCCCGCCAGAAGAAACAGACGCUAUCGACCCAGACGAGCCUAGAUAUUGUCUCUGCGAUCAAAUAUCGUUCGGAGAGAUGAUCUUAUGCGACAAUGACUUGUGUCCCAUAGAAUGGUUCCAUUUCUCCUGUGUUUCACUCACAACUAAGCCAAAAGGGAAAUGGUUCUGUCCAAAAUGCAGAGGAGACAGACCGAAUGUGAUGAAACCCAAAGGACAGUUCCUCAAAGAGUUGGAGAGGUAUAAUAGAGAAAAAGAAGAGAAAGCAUAGCGCUCGCUGAAAAAGAAGUAAGGCGGUUGUGAUAUAGGUUAACAGCGGAAUGGAUGUUACGGUGUAGUUUGAAAUGGUGAAUCAGAACUGAGAUUUUUCGCUAAUAAAUAAAUAUGUAUAUUUUUGCGUUAAAUUAUUAUGAGUAGAAUUUUAUGUUUCAUUAUUAAAAGUUGAUUCAGUAUUUUUAAAUUGAAUGUGAUUUUGCAUCAAUAGUAAAUGGUCAUAAUGCUAAUAGGUUGUUGUACAUUUAUCAUACCUUGUAUACAGUAAUAUAUUUAUUCUUGUACCUGAAUAUUAAGAAACAGUAUCGCACUAAAACAUUGGAAAUGUUCAAGAUUGAGAAAUGUCGAGUCUUCCAUAACAAAUGAUGCCUUAGCAAUAUUUGUUUGGCAAUAAUCUUUAUAAUACUCUCGGUGUUAUUAGCAAUUUUGAUUGUUUUCAAGUAGUAAAUUGCAUUUUUAUAUAGCAUAAUAUAAGCAUUAUAAACGAUUUACACUCAUGGAUAUUCGUACAUAAUGUAUACCUAAGAAUCUUUAUAUUCAGGUGUAGGUGAAAAUUACUGCCAUGCAAUAGAAUACAAAAUAAAAUUGUUUAUAACGGUCAUUCCUCACUGGGAAUAUUUUAAACGAUAAUAUACUUACUAUUUCACUUUUACGUACGAGAGGCGGCAAUUACACCAUCCGUCAUUUUCAUUUACGAUACUUGGAUAGUUGGAAAAAUUGUUUUAUUUAUAAUAUUACUAUACAAUUCGAGAAAUAUUUUAAUUUUAAUGUUUCUUUAUUUUGAUUGGAUGGAAAUCGCAAAUUUAUUUUCUUACCAAAAAUAUGGAGUGGCAGCUGACAAAGAUUUCUUAUGCGAUAUUAUGACAAAAAAGUGGUUCAUAUUAUAUUAAGUUACUCCAUUCCAAGCUGUACCUGAGUACCGAAUCAAUUUGAUUAAAAAAUGAAGGAAGUUGCUUUAACAUAGCCUAUAGGCGAUUACUAGGCCAUGAUAAUGUUGAAAGUUUGUUAAAACUGAAUUACUAUAAAUCUAUGUUUACCUGCUUCUGUGGGAAUUAUAUUUUCUUUCACUCAGGAUUCAUGACAUGACAUGUAAAAAAUGUUAAAGAAUUCUCAAAUGUGAUUACAAUUAAUAAUUAUUAUUGAUGUUCAGAUGUAUAUAAAGUACAUUAAUAAGAUUUAUUAUAAGAAUCUCUAGUGACAUAGAGAUAAUUUCGCAAUUUUGAUAAAGUGCUCUUCGAUGGAAGUAAACUUAUUUGUAAAUAUUUGUACGCUGCGAUAAUGUGAAGUACAGCGUAAUGAUGCGCAUUUAUGAUAGUUAUUGUAUAGAUUUUUCCUAUAAAGAUAAUUAGUUUACGUAAACAGAUUAAUUUUUGUCAUUUUAAAUAAGAUUUAAUUUA